UUUAAGCUCAAGAAAAUAUACCAUUAGUUCGUACCAGAAAUGAAUAAUAGAUACAUGCCUGCCUCGAUGACAUUAACUUCUUUGAAGUCGCGAGAAGAUAUACCUAUACUUUCUUUGAAAUCUAUGGACUGGUGAAAUCUGUCUGUUUCAUGUUUUAAAAGAAAAGUUAAGCCUCCCAUUUGUCAUUUAUAUAUUUGAAUGUCUAGCCAUCUUGGUGACGUGAAGUAAAGACUUUUAAAGAUUUUACUUUGUGGGAAUUUUAGGACUAGAACUGCCAGGCACCAUGAUUUGUUUACUUCUUCAGUUGUUCUCUCUGACUGUUUCAGUUAUUGCAGAUAGUCCGCCAGUCACGGUAAAGUUCCAAGUUGACUUACAGUACUCACUUUUGGCUGCGUUAGGAGGACCAGAUGUCUUUGUUGGAAUAAUACAACCAAUGAUACCAGACCUUUUCCAAGGCAUUGAAUCGGAGCACAUUACAAAUGUUGCCCUUUCUGACGCUGAUGGGAACACAGAAAUAACUGUAUCUCUUGAUUCUACGACACCUGAUCUCACAAACACACUUGAUGAAGUAGAAAUCUUCGUCGAAGAUGAAAGUUCGAUUGAAGCUGGUGGAAUGACUAUAAAAACGAUUCCAGGUUCUUUUUCCAGAAUAGAUUACUAA